GUCAAGUCAAAAUGAGUCAAAUCAAUCGCGUUUGACUCGAGUUGUGACUUCUUUUCAAGUUUUCACUUUUCUAAUAAACAUUUAACAUAUUUUUAAACGAGCGAAGAAGUGCUGUAAACUUUUACAAAUCAUAAAUAAAAAAUAAACUAACAAGUCUUCGUAGCGAUGUAAUCGAUUUUUCUGUGAAACGUUUCUAAAAUUAUUCGUGCCAUUUAGAAAUCUCGACCCAUAGCAGGGAAGCAAUAUUCUCGUAAACAAGUGCCCUACAUUUGUUUCUUUUCUCAAAAUGGAUGAAAGUCGUCUAUUCGGAGUGGCUUUUACUAAAGAAGUCACCUAAAACCGUGUAAUGGAAAGCCACAACUUGGGGUGUAUAUGCAUUGAAUAAGCAUCUGUUGUUAUGUAUACUUUAAUGGAGAUAGCUCUCACCAUAGUAGUGCUCACUACACUCGUGAUUGUUGUGUUUGCCUGUGUGUGUGGCUGCAAAAACUCCAACCAAAAAAGUGAGUUGGUUGGGACGGCCGGUGUUGUCAAAAUCCGUUUGGAUGAGGAGGUACCUUCCCCGGUGCCCACAACUCCCGCGUCUGUCAAGCGGGCGUCGACGCAAAACAGCCAACGCAGCCUGCCGGAAAUACCACAUCCCGUUGGUAGACAUGACAGCGGAGACACCGCGUCGGAAAUAUACGCUACAGUUACAAAUGUAGAGGAAGGUAACAAGGCCUUAGUGGCCGCUUCUACGAGCCGGGACCAUCCGUAUGAACACGCAUAUGCUAAGCUACAAAAUGAAAGUCAUAAUGUAACGGUGGAAAUAAUACCAGAUCAAAGUUCCGAUAAUGAUAUUCAAAUAGAGGAAAGAGAAACAGCUUCUGCGGCAGCAGCAGAAGCGGUGCUGAUAUCGGCGUCAGUCGCCAUCAGCGGGCAGCUGCCGUCGAGCCAGGAGCUGCCCUACAUCACGCCGCCGUCGCCGCGCGCGCCCGACACGCACUUCAGCGGGGACUCCACCGACUCCGCCAAGGGUUACACCAGCAUAUCGGUGCGGGAGCCGCUCAGCAACAUUCGGGCGCAGAACGUCAAGCCGUUGCAGCCGCACUAUGCCACAGUAUCUGAUGACUCUGAUGAAAUGUACGAAGCGAUCGAGGGCGCGAGCGUGGGCGAGGGCUCUGACACGUACGCGCAGAUCGCGCCCGAGCCGCGCCGCCGGCAGCCGCCCGCUACUGAACCCGCUACCACGCCCGCGCACGCCCACGCCUCCGCGUCCGCGCCCGCGCCCGUACUACAGCCGGACGUGGUGCACCACGCUAGGAGAAGUGCACCGCCUGAAAUCGGAACGUCAACUUCUAAUGCUACACAUUCCAGACAAGCGUCAAUGUCCUCGUGUUCAAACUCAACUGGAGCGCUCGGCUCGCCCAAGCCGGAGAAGCGACAAGCUAACUCCCCACUGCCGCCACCCCCCCACACCAAUCACCCUACCCACCAGUCACACCAGUCUCUGCCGCCGCACCAGACUCACCAGUCUCACCCACCACAUCCACCUCACCCGCCGCACCAGUCGCACCCGCCUCACCAGUCGCACCCGCCGCACCAGUCGCACCCGCCUCACCAGUCUCACCCACCGCACCAGUCUCACCCAGUGCACCCGCCUGCGCCGCGCUCCGCCGACCCACUCGCGCAACGACAUCAACGGAUACUGAGCACUGGUGACCUCCAUUUCAAUCACGACAAACUGCGGCGCAGUCUCAAUGAGAAACACCAACGCAACAACAGUUGCGUCAGUUCCUCCGACUUCUACGGUUGCAACUACCCUGUCGAGAAGCAUCGCUUCAGUUCCGGGGAUUUAGUCCGGCCGCUAGUGGCCAGGGAACUGAACUUUGACAUAGACCAGAAGGAGAAUGUGGCAGAUAAUCUGUACAACUCUAUCGACGCCCCCGGUGGUCCUGGAUACAGUGACUAUUCCUCUGCGGAACCCAACAACAGUCUCGGUUCCGAACACCGCGCCACAGAAAGCCCGUCGCGUAACGUCGAAGAGAUGUACGCGAAAGUGAUGAAGAAAGCGAAAACCAAAGAGGAAUCGCAAAGGAAGUCGAAAGAUUUGACGAACGACGCUGAGUCUAAAAACGCAAAGUAUCGCGGCGACGAUCCCGGCUACGAAACCAUUGAUAAGAAGUUGUUCGCAAACCACGGAUACGAAACCAUCGCUAGGAAAGAACGUAAGAACUCCAACCAAGACCCGGGUUACGAGACAGUGAAGGAUAUAAACAAAAGUGGAUCAGGCUUCAGUAACAAUAACUUGUUGAAAUUGAAUCACAUAACAGCAGAUAGCGGUCCCAACAGCAUCAUGAGCAGUGACCCUGGCUACGAACAUAUAUCUAAAGGGGAUGCGAACGCUUCUGACUCAGAUCCUAACUACGAAGUGCUGAGGAAUCAACCCUCCACACCCCCUUACGCCACGAUCGCACCCAACUACAAAGUACAACCCACUUAUUCGACAGUGAACAAACGACCGGCACACAACUGGCAGGCGAAUAACAAUGACGAAUCUGUCGUUGAACCGAACUACGAAUCAAUGACCAACGAUCCGUUGUACACUACGGGCAGUGAAUCAGAUCCGAAUUACGAGUCGGUCCGGCCCAAGGAUCCUAAUUAUGAAAGCGUCAACCAGGAUCCCAAUUAUGAAUCCUUGAGGAGCAAGGAUCCGAAAUACGAAUCGGUCCGUUCUAAAGACUCGGCGCGUUCCAAAAAGGACCCGAACUAUGAAAGUGUUAAAUAUUUCGAAUUGUCCAAGCGUGAGCCGCCUUACGAGAAAGUGAACUCGGAACGAAACGAAGGGCCCAGUGUGGACCGCUCGGAUUCUUCUGCGGGAUACGAAAAAAUCAAUGUCCCUGCGACGAAGGAUUCAAAAAACAGUAUUAAUAAUGGUGCUGAUUGCACUGUGAGUGAUUAUUUCCAGGUUUAAUUUUGAUAUAAGACUAUUUAUUUAAAUAAUUUGAACCUAGACGAUGAUACUGCGUGUAUGUUAGUGUUUCAACCGUACCUAGGAAUCACUUUGAGAUUGUGUGCUUUUUUAUUUAUUGAAUAUUUUUACAAUAACGCUAUGUAUUACCUCAAAGAUAGAUUAAAUCUAAUAUCUUCCUUAGGUAUCUGUGAUAUAUGUAUUAUGAGUGUGAAUAUUGUUUUACUCGAUUAAGUUUUUUUUUUAUUCCCAUGUCGGUGACAUUUUAUUUUUUUAAACGGACGGAAUUUAAAAAUGUUUGUAAUCUCCAUUUAUUAGCGUGUUCAUAUUUUUAUAUACGAACUUAUUAUACACGUGAUUUUUAUAUCUACCGCAUGUACAAAGUGUAUAUUGUACAUAAAAUACACGUUUUAGGUAAGAUGUUUUACACGUUUUCUUAAGUUGAAUACAUAGUGUCAUCACUAUCAGCAUAUCUUUGGUUUUUUAAACGGAAUAGGAAGAAAUAUGGCCUAGAUUUUAAAGCUUAUAAACCUUUAUACUAUAUCUGUUACUAAAUAUGCUUGAUGCCCGAAACAAACACAGACAACCGAAAAUUCUAUUAUUAAUUAUUUUUCUUUAAGUUAAAUUUUAAUUAACAUCAAUUAGUCUCUAAACCAGUUCACGUGUUAACCGAAAACAAUAGUAUAAAGAAAACCGCUUCUGUACGCUUAGAUCGUUUAAACUACGCAACUAAUUUGAAUACGGUUUUCAUCUAAUAAUGUGAUUUAAGAAGAAAGUUUAUAAGUACAUCACAUUGUUUUCCACGCGUAUGAAGUCACGGGCGUCCGCUAGUGAUAUACACCGUUAAGUUUCCUUCGUCUUAAACUGAAAUCCCACAUAAUGUACCCAAUGUAUAUUCAUCAUCAUCAUAUCAGCCGAUGGACGUCCACUGCAGGACAUAGGCCUUUUGUAGGGACUUCCAAACAUCACGAUACUGAGCCAACUGCAUCCAGCGAAUCCCUGCGACUCGCUUGAUGUCGUCAGUCCACCUGGUGGGGGGUCGGCCAACACUGCGCUUACUAGUGCGGGGUCGCCAUUCCAGCACUUUGGGACCCCAACGUCCAUCGGCUCUUCGCACUAUGUGCCCCGCCCAUUGCCACUUCAGCUUCGCAACUCGUUGAGCUAUGUCGGUGACUUUGGUUCUUCUGCGGAUCUCCUCAUUUCUGAUUCGAUCACGCAGAGAUACUCCUAACAUAGCUCGUUCCAUCGCCCGCUGUGUGACUCUGAGCCUUCUUAUGAGGCCCAUAGUUAGCGACCAAGUCUCGGAAGCAUAGGUCAUCACUGGCAACACGCACUGUUCGAAGACUUUUGUCUUCAGGCACUGAGGAAUUUCGGACGAAAAGAUGUCGCGAAGCUUCCCGAAUGCAGCCCAGCCGAGUUGGAUUCGACGGUUGACCUCUUUCUCGAAAUUGGACCUACCUAACUGGAUCAUAUGUCCUAGGUAUAUGUAUUCGUCUACAAUUUCGAGUGCAGCGUUCUCAACUAUAACUGGGUGGAGCGAUACAUGAGCAUUACACAUUAUUUUUGUUUUGCCCAUGUUCAUUUUCAGGCCCACCUGUUGAGAAACGCUGCUGAGGUCAUUGAGCAUGGUACUAAGGUCAUCCAGAGUCUGUGCCAUGAUGACUACAUCAUCCGCGAACCGCAGUUGAGUGAUGUACUCGCCAUUGAUGUUGAUGCCAAGUCCGCCCCAGUCCAGAAGCUUAAAGACGUCUUCCAAUGCGGCGGUAAAUAGCUUCGGAGAGAUCACAUCUCCCUGACGCACUCCUCGCUGCAACUGGAUUGGCCUCGUAGUCUGAUCCUGAAUACGGACUGACAUAGUGGCGUUCUCGUACAAGCACUUCAACGCUUGGAUAUACCUGUAAUCAAUUCGGCAUCUCUGCAAUGACCUUAGCACAGCCCAGGUUUCCACCGAAUCGAAGGCUUUCUCAUAGUCCACAAACGCUAAGCAAAGUGGCUGGUUAUACUCGUGAGUCUUCUGUAUAACCUGCCGCAGCGUAUGGAUGUGGUCUAUGGUGCUAAAGCCUUUUCGGAAACCGGCUUGUUCGGGAGGCUGGAAGUCGUCAAACCUAUUAGCGAGACGAUUCGUAAUGACUCUCGAGAACAAUUUGUAAACAUGGCUUAGCAGCGAGAUGGGUCUGUAAUUCUUCAGCAAGGUGUUGUCACCUUUUUUGAAGAACAGAACCACCACACUCCUAUGCCACGCCUCAGGCGUCGUGCCCUCGUGAAUGACGGAAUUGAACAAUCGCUGAAGGACUUUAAGUAUCGGUUUUCCACCCGCUUUCAGGAGUUCUGCUGUGAUUCCGUCCUCACCUGGCGCCUUAUUGUUCUUCAGUUGUUUGAGAGCCACACUAAUCUCGUAUAGGCUGACGUCCGGGAUAUCUUCGGUAUAGUGUCGGGUCAACUUGGCUCUGGGGUCUUUAGCCAAGUUGUCAACAGGCUGCUGAGUAGUCAUGUAUAGCUGUCCAUAGAACUUCUCGACCUCACUUAAUAACUCGGGCUUGGAAGAAAUAAGAUUACCGUGCUCGGUCUUCAAACGCGUCAGCUGCCUCUGUCCAAUAGACAGAUCUCUAGCGAAAACUUUCGAGCCGCGAUUGUUUUCAAUCGUGUAUAUUGUAAUGUAUAUUAUCCAAUUCAAAAAAAAAAAUCAAGGAAUUACGAUUACGAUUAUCUUAAAACACCCUGUAUUUUCAAACACCUUUUAAAACAUCCUGUAUUUUCAAACACCUAUUCGCCGUGAUGCCGCUAUGCGGCUCGUCGGUUCCUUAGGUCAUUUAGCCUAAACUAUACUAAUAGCAUUAACAACUGAGUCUUAGGGCCAUAAAUCAUUUCUCUAUAUCUAUCUCGCUUGCACUUAUGGGUCUUAUGGAGCCGUCUAGUGAAGGGUGUAACAAUGAAAGACAUAUUAUCGAUAAGUAAAGUUUAUUAUCGUAUCUUGUUCACAAAAUUAAAAAAAUUAACAAUAUUUGAUUUAAUAUAAUACAUAUUUCAUAUUAUAUAAUUAUUAACUAAAUAAAAUUAAUCUUCAUCUGAGUCUUCAUCAUCAGAAUCUUCGUCUUCUGCCAAAUUUAUUAUAUAUUAGUAUCCAUAGUGCGCAACGAGUAACACAUGAAUGUAUUUAUUUAAUUGCAGUAAACACAUUUAUAGCAAAAAAAAUACGCAAUGCAAUUACAUUAGAAACCGACCAAUCAGAAUCGUCCAAAUCAUUAUUGACUCAUCAUUAGCACGUGCGCAGGUAGCCGUUUAUCGAUAAUUAGGGUGCGCAGGUAGGCGCGCUGCACAUUCCUAUCUUUUUUGACUUUUAUGACCGGACGACUCAGAUGAUAAUGCGCAUACUAUAGAUCAAAGUUCAAUGACUUCAUACAAAACAGAAUUAAACAGGAUGUUGAAAUUUUUCAUAAAUUAAUUUUUCUUUUCGCUGUGAGUUUGAGUGUGAAUUAGCUUGAGGUCAUUUUUAAUGUUGUUAAUAGGUUUCUUGUAUUGGACUAAUAAAAGUCGGGGCAGCUUACAGACGAUGGAACUAGCACUGUGUAUAAAGGAAUGAAUGAGCUUAAGUGACUGAUACACAGUAUUUGUAUCUGUCACCUUGAUUGAUUGAAUGAAUACGAUGAUUGAAUGUUUAAUUGAUGAUGAAUAGAUGAUUGAAUGUAUGAAAAACAUGAUCAGAUAUUGUUCAGAGUGUAAUUAUAAACGUAACAAAUGUACUAGGAUUGAUUGUGGUUGUCGAUGCAUGCAGCGCAAAAACAUUGUUAAACCACUUUAAUAAAUAUACAUAAUCGGAAUUUUAACUACAGAACCGAAAGACACAUUCAAUAUGCUAUAGUCAGUCUAUAGGAAAAAUCUAGAUUAUAAAUGGAGUCUACUUUUAAAAAUUGCUGUAUGUAUAUGUCGAUCUUUACCUCCAAAUAUCUCUUUAUCGUGACAUAUUACUUGACAUUUUGACGUGACAACGUUUUAAAAUUCGAAGGAGCCUCGAAAGAAGAUGACGUCAUACGUCGUUCCCUCGCUCUAGGCUUGCCAAUUUUUUUUUUAAAGAAAUAUAGUAUAUUCUGGUCUAUGAAAAUUAUUAAACAGUAUUUCAGAAAAACGAUUUUUUUUUAAUUCUAACCAUUCCACCAGUAUUUUCUUCUGACAUUGUCACGUUCAACUAUAGUCAGUAAACCGACAUUACAGACAACCGGUUUUUAUUUGUUUGUCCUAUCAUCUAUGUUUAUAUAGGAGGUUCUAUGUUUGUUUUGUCUUGAAAAAAAUUAAAAUAUCAACGAGUCCAUUAUGCCAGUCUUUAAGCAAAAAAAGUUUAAACCCCAUUGACUUUAAACACAUUUCCUGUUACUUACUACUGUAGUUUUAUGUUACUCUUUUGCGAGAACUGAUUUGGAUUAUAAAAAGUUGUAUAAAGCAUUUAACUUUUACUUAUUUUGAAACUCUUUAUAACAUUAAAAACAUAAUUAUGUUUAAAAUAUUAAAUUAGAAUUGUAUGAUAUUAAUAUUAUGUUUAUUCUAGUUGUAUUUUGUUACUUUUACACAAAUUAUGUUUUUUUAAGUAUUUUUAACAUUAACUCGACAUAAAUGUUUAAUAUGAAAUAUGAUAAAUUGAUAAGGUAACUUAUAAAGUAGUACCUGAAUAUUUUGUUUUUGCUAAUAAUAAUAAUUUAUUAUAAAAAGUUUAACAGAUCAGUUGAAUAUGGUAUGUUCUUAUUUAUGUACUUUUAUUAUAAUUAAAUUCAAGUCACACAGUUUAUAAUUCCUGCUGAACUUUGUCUUUUAUAUUAUGCAGUAACAGAUUCCGUUUCAAAAGUUAAUUUUUUAAAAAUAUGUACUUAUUUAAAUUAAUAAAAAAGUAACUAACAUACUUAAUAUUUCAUGUUAACAGUUUCUAAAAUAAUAAAAACAAAAGUUUUGUCAUUUUAUUUUUAAAUUUAAUUUCGCAAUAAAAAUCCGAAAAUGAUUAUUUUUACCUGGGCACAUAUUGUGCUUCGGUAGUGUUUAUGAAGCGAAAUAAUUACUUCACACUAAAAGUGAUAUUUUGUGCAUUCAUUCAUUCAUUCAUACAAUACAGAAGCAUAAUAUAUGGAGAUCUCAGACCAAUUAUUCUAAAGGACAUGCCUCGCUAGACAUUAAUUUUCUGUCAAAGUUUAUGAUCAAUGAUCUAAUGCGAUUAUAAAAACUGACUCUAUAGUAUCGAUGUUUCAUAGUUGUAAUCGUGUUCGUCGGUUAAAGAGUUUCGUAAAAAUACCUUUAUGUGUAAUUGAAUGGUGUAAAAAACGGGCAAAAACUUCUAGCUUAAAAGAUUUAUACCAAAUCUAAGCUCGUUUUCCUCAAAAACAAUUACAGAAAAAUCGUUUGUGAAUGUCGAAAGGGUCUGGUCCUACUAUAAUUGGUCUGAGAUUGAGAUGAAUCUAGAAUUAAUUCACCGAGUUUAUACCUCGUAUGGGUAAUAUUUUAGCUAUUUUUUAAUGUAAAAUGUGUUAUCUGUCUAAGACUGUGUUUCGUCGCAUUUUUUUCAAUAAGUACUGUAAACCACCCUGUAAAUAUCAACUGCUUACUGCAUAUUUAAUACUUACUAUAUUUUUUAUGUAUUAUUCUACCAAUAUAUUAUGUACUUUUUAUAACAAUAUAUUACUCUUAUACAUAUUAUUGUCAUUCCAUUUGAUUAGAUACAAUCAUGAAAAUGAUAUUAAAGAAAAUAAAAUAAUGCCAUACUUUAAA